ACACGUACAAUAUUGUGCAUUUCUACUUUAUACUACAACUUACAUCGGCCAACCGAUUCAAGUUUUGCUAUCCCUUUUUUUCUUUUCAGCUGCGGAAUGCAAAGACAAGUGGCGUAAUCUCCGGACAGUAUUCAUGCAAAAAAUCAAACCUUCACCUUCGGGAUCUGGCGCUAAGAAGAAGGCCUACUACCUGGCAGAGGCCAUGCAGUUUUGUUUGCCGUUUGUAAGAACAUCAGCUCCUCCUUCUACAGGAAAUUUACCAGAGGUUCCUAACUGUAGCGACGUAAAUACCGACGAAACUUUAUUGGAAUCACAAAUAUUGGAUGAUAUUCCAGAUGAUCCUUCAAUUGAAUCACCGCAAUCGCCGUCAAUAGUACAGGAUAAUACUUCCCGGUCAUCCCCAAUCAUACCAAUACAACCUCAUACCAGCUCACAGCCAUCGUCCAUUCCGAAUGAAGGUAAAAAACGCCUAACGCAGAAGAAAAAAGCCGCUGUCGAAGCAGAUCAAUGUUUUGCUGCAUAUUUUAAGGCAAAAACAGCACGACUUGAAAAUAGUACUACCGCAAACGAUAGUAACAAGAAAGAAGCUUUGAAAAUGUUCCUUCUUAGCUUGAUACCAGAGUUGGAAGAACUCAGUGAUUCACAAAUCAAACAAUUUACACGCAAAGUUUUUACUCUUAUUGAUGAAAUAUCAGGCACAUCAGAUGUCACACCAGCGUCGCCACAUUCCAGCAUUUCACUAAUCUCUCACCAGUCAGGCAGCAAUAUUAGUGCGCCGCCAACAUCCGCUGGUAAUUACUACACGCAAUUUACACAGGACAUUGACGCCAACCAGUUCUAUGUGCAAAAUCUGGAAUAAUUACUUGAUAUCUAAUUUUGUAUUUUGACAAUAAAUACAUACCUUAGA